CAACGUUCCUUGACGACGGCUAGUGAACACAAGCUGAAUCAUGGCAGAAGUACUGGGUGCUAAAAAAUCUCUAUGGGAACAAAUUUGCCAAGAGUUUGAAGCUGAGCAGCCAAAUCCUGUUCAGAAGUGCAAGAUGAGCUGCAAUGCCCUAAAAAAGGCAUUGGUGGAUGAUGAUCAUCUGAGAAACACUGGUGCUGGUGUUGCUGACUGGAGAGCUCACAUUUCUUAUCAGAAGCACCCAAAGAUAGCUGAAACUACCCCACCUCUACAAAAUGAUGAAUGGCCUGUCAAGCGGUUCUUGGAGAAGACCAUGUUCCCAGUAUUGUUGCCUGGUCUGGAAGCUUUGCUGAGAGAAGCUCAGAGAUACGGCUGUUUUGAGGGAAAAAUAACCAAAUUUAUCCCCUGUGACUUCCUAACUGAGUGGCUCUACAACCAGAACCCUCGCAGGCAGGGACAAGAUCCAAUUAACUUUCUUGACAUUCCUUUCGUCAGAGACUGGCUCAGCAAGCACCCAAGGCCUCCGCUCCCUUUGUUUCUACUGCUCAGUGAGGAGCAGGCCGCACUGCUGGUCCAGGCUUUCUGGAGAGGAUAUAAGGUCAGAGCACGGCCAGAUGUGCAGGAAUUACGUCGAUGGCAAAGGGAGCUGAGGGAGAGUCGUGACAUUGCCAAUACGGUUGCAUGUUUUUGGGCCCGGCAAGAGACCCGAGUUGGUUUGACCAUGAACGGUCUAGAAAGCCCUGAUGCGGAUCUCUCUCCGUCCCUCAGUUGAGCGUGGUCCACAGCAGCUGGAUGACCUCACUGGCUGGUUAGCAGCUAACCACCAGCCUGUUAGGAAAAGGACACAUCCUCAACAUGACUGAGUAAUUUUCUUGCUCUAACACUGUGAAAAAAGAAAAAAAAAACACUAAAUUGGACUCUAAAGCUAAAUUGUAUUGUUUUAUACUGACUGUGAACUAAACAUCUCCUAUUUCUGUUUACUAUUUUUUUUUUAGUGUCAAAUGGGUAUUAAACUUUGUGACCCUGAUGUCAAACUUACCAAAAUGAUCAGCCAAACAAGCUAUCCAAAGACCUAUAGGAUCAGGCAAGAAUUUAUGAUCUGAUCACUAUCUAAUGCUUUUAUUGCUCCCAUAGCUUUUUGAAUGAUCACUUCCCUUCAUGCUUCUUUAAAUGCGUCACAAAAUGAAUUCAAUAGACCUUAGUUCCCACAAAGCUGUAAGAAGGGGAAACCUUUUUUAACAGACCUGAAUUUUUUUCUUGGCACCUCCAGCUGAUAUUUCACCAGAGGACAGGCAUACUUCCCUGUUCGGUCUCCUUUUUUAAUUGUAACAAUACAUAUAAUGAAAAAGGUUGUAACUUUUCCAUUCAAGCAGACAAUUAAGGCCAUAGUGAGGAGUGACUUGGCCUUCACAGUGGCACUCUUAUCCUGUUUACUUGGAAAGGAAAUGUCCCUUUCAGGGAAUCAGAGAAUAAAAACAAGGUUUUAAAGACUAGACAUCACUGGUGGAAGAUCGGCUUUUAUCUGACAGAGCACAUGAAUUAUUAUUUUCAUUUAUAUACACUUUGUCUGUUGUCCUGUAUAAUAAUAUUCUUUUCAUACUUGUCAUAAACUUAAACGAAUAAGCUUAUCAGUAAACCUAUUGACUUCAUUAUAAUGUUAAUUUGGUGUGUGGUUUGGAAGCUCUAAUCACAUGAUGUAUGGUGAUUUUCUGACGCUACAUUGUAUGAAUGUGCCUCUGUGUGUUUUCUUCAUAACGUGGAUCACUUCUUCUUCUUGUAUCCUGUGGCGAUCAAGCAUUACCCCAGCUUUUCAUAAUUAA